AGGGAAAUACACCAGCACGAAGCAACUUUAGAGAGGCAGCUCAGAGAGUUGCGGCAACGUGAAGAAAACUUACAAAGACAGCUGAGAGAAAAAGACCAGGAAGUAAAUGAGCUAGAGUUAAGUCUUUCCUUAGCUCAGCAAACAAUAAGUGAACAGCAACAACAGGAAUCAUGCGAUUGGGUCAUUUCCCGCGAUGAAAUUCAGCUGACCAACAGAUGCCUUGGCAGGGGAGGCUGGGGAAGUGUUUAUGAAGGCGUAUAUUGUGGCUGUACUGUAGCAGUAAAGCAAAUUCAUGAUCUGAUUCUUUCCCCCCAUAACAUGCUUCUUUUUGAGAGAGAAAUGAAUAUUGCAUCCAAGUGCCGCCAUCCUCACUUGCUUCAGUUUAUCGGCGCCACUAACGAUGAAAGAAACCCUCUGUUUGUGACCGAGCUGAUGGAGAAAAGUCUGCGAGCUCUGUUAGAACAGCGACAACUCGCCGAAGUAGAAAUACGCGUAAUUUCUCUGGAUGUAGCCCGAGCAAUUAACUAUCUUCAUCAGAAGAAACCAGAGCCUAUUAUUCACCGGGAUGUGAGUAGUGCUAAUGUGUUGCUAUGGCGACAGGGUGACAAGUGGAGAGGCAAAGUGUCAGAUUAUGGCACUGCUAAUUUCAUGCAGCAGACUAUGACAGUGGCUCCUGGAGCUAUGAUUUACAGCGCACCUGAAGCACUUACAUCAAACCAAACAGUCAAGGUAAGUUUCAGUGAAUUUAGAAUUUUUUUAUUCAGCACUGGUUCAUCAACAUCAUCAGACUUCAAAGAGACGCGUUGCUACAGUCAUCUUGAGCGCGUAGCUACUCUAAGGCCAGGUUGUUCGCUUACGACACGAUAGAAACCCUACUCCACUUUACCCUUCUUCACCUAGGCAUGCAAUUAAAAGGAGCAAAAUAAUGUUGAAUCGGAUAGCCCUGAGCAGAGUGGAAUGGCAAUAUCCCUUGCUGCUUAAGCCCUGGUCAAUCGUUGGUAACGGUGAUAGCUCAAACCAUCACCAUUUGAAUUCAAAUGUACAUGGCCCCAGUAUUAUGGUCGUUUUCAGGUGUUUAUGCCACUAGAAAACAAACUUAAGCUGCAGUCGUCUGUUGUGAUUGAAAUGUUUCUCAUUAGUUCUUCAGUUAAUCAUUUUGGCGACUUCGUAGAUAAAACGAUAGGGUCGGUGUUUUAAACGAAGUCCAACUUAUGUCGCGGUUUAGGAAAUCUUUGGACCUCCAGAUCUCUUCCUGAGUGAGUUCUUUUAAGGUGGCUGAACACAGUUUCGCGGGCGGUCAGCGGUAGUGCAUGUUUUAAAUUAGACAAACAAACAUGGCAACCAAAAAAGCAAUGGUACACAGAAGACGAUUUCUCAAAAUCUGCUCAUCAAAAUUUUGUGAUAUUUGACAGAAUUUUUACUUUUAUCGUAUUUUAAAUAAUGAGAACUUUAAAAUGGGAGUUGAACAGACUAAUUUUGUAACACAUUUAAUAAUUACAGUACAAUUAUAUUAUUGAUUAUCUGAAAACCGCUCUGCUAAGAUUUGGUCAAAUAAGUUUCAAAUAGUAAUGGAUAAUUAUAGUAAGCUGUGUGCGAGUUAAUAGGAAAAUCUAAAGAGCGAAUUUUAUGUAAACUGAGUAAAAGUGAAAUUUUAAGGUUGUAUUCAAUCGUUCCCGUUGCCAUGGAAACUACGUAAACGUCAAAUUUUACCUGUCAGUCAAAAUCUUUCAUCACUAUAUUUUUCACUUGUCAAGUUUCAGCUUGUGAGCUGCAACCUUUCUCUUGCCAUAAUUUAGCAAAUGAGCUAUACUCAGAAACUGCCAAAACUGUGUUCAGCCACCUUAAGAAGAUAAAUGCUUUUCUUGUCCACAUUAUAUGCUCUAAUGAAACUGUUCACGUUAAGUGGUGUUUAUAUAAAUUAAAAGCGUUCGGCAAACUGAAAAUGGCUUAAAACGCGUUUUUGUUAAACACUGGUUAAACUGCGUUUAGAUAACUGGCCAAUAGAGGGGAACCUUUCUUCAACGACUGCCUUGUGAGAGAGAGUGACGUCCCUGCUUAAAAAGGUGACCAUUGUAAUAAUUAUAUUCUCACCGGGGCUAUCCGCAAUCCGCAAUGUCAGUAAUGCUGAUAAGAUAUGAGAGGCUCAGCCCGAGGCGGUAGGAGGGGGUUGCUCCUUUUUCGAUUGCUACAAUCACUGACAAAAGUUUUUGCACAUUUGUCUUCAACGUGCGCUUUAAUGAACAAUUUCUUGCAGUAAAUACACGACUCUAAAUUCCAGCUCCUCCUGGGUAUUGCAGUCAACAAUGGUAAUGCAACAUUUGGGGCGGGGGAUAAACAAGAUUAAUUACGGUGAAAAGACUGAAUCGGGAAGAGAAACUAACCUUGAGUAAGAAACCCAUGCACAAUGCUCAGAAACGUAUUACCGGUGGAUUUCCACUGUCGCUUAAUACGCGCGUAUAAAAUAGAGGCAUUAUAUGGAAGGUCACGCGUAAACGAAAAC